AUGAGGUCUCCUUCUCUUGCAAGGCUGCAGUACCACGCUGUGUCUGGUUUGACCAGAUCCGCUCGCUUCCAGUCCCAGGGCCUUCUGCGCUCGCGAUGCGCGUCCACGGCUGCUUUGCGGUCUUCGGCCAUCGCGCCCACUUAUCAAUCGGUUGUAAAACAAUGGGAUCAGCGCCGUAAUGCCUCAACUACUGCAUCUGCAGUCCUUGAGGCUGCUGCGGCUAGUCCGGACACUUUGUCGCAAGCUGCCAUCAUCGAUGCCCUCGAUCCCAUUGAGGCCGCUCGUUUGGACAAAGUUCGGAAUAUCGGUAUUGCGGCCCAUAUCGACAGUGGUAAGACCACAUGUACCGAGCGAGUCCUUUUCUACACUGGCCGUAUCAAGGCCAUUCACGAGGUUCGCGGUCGUGACAGCGUCGGUGCCAAGAUGGAUUCUAUGGACUUGGAGCGUGAGAAGGGUAUCACCAUUCAGUCUGCUGCGACCUUCUGUGACUGGGUCAAGAAGGACGAUCAGGGCGUCGACCAGAAGUACCACGUCAACUUGAUUGAUACCCCCGGACACAUUGAUUUCACUAUUGAGGUAGAGAGAGCACUGCGUGUUUUGGAUGGAGCCGUCAUGAUUUUGUGUGCUGUGUCCGGUGUCCAGUCCCAAACCAUCACCGUCGACCGUCAAAUGCGCCGUUACAAUGUCCCCCGUCUUUCCUUUAUCAACAAGAUGGAUCGUAUGGGUGCCAAUCCAUUCAAGGCCGUUGAUCAGAUCAACACUAAGCUUAAGAUCCCCGCUGCUGCUGUCCAAGUUCCUAUCGGUGCCGAGGAUGAGUUCCAGGGUGUGGUGGACUUGAUCCGCAUGAAGGCCAUCUACAACGUUGGUCCCAAUGGCGAGGAACUCAAGGAAGUGGACGAGAUCCCCGCAGAGGUCAAGGACAUUGCAGAAGAGCGGCGACGCAAGCUCAUUGAGACACUCGCUGAUGUUGACGAUGAGAUUGCCGAGCUGUUCUUGGAUGAACUUGAGCCCACCCAGGAGCAGCUCAAGGCAGCCAUCCGCCGGGCUACUAUUGCAUUGAAGUUCACUCCCGUUUUCAUGGGAUCUGCUCUCGCUAACAAGUCCGUCCAGCCCAUGUUGGACGGUGUCGUUGACUAUCUGCCCAACCCCGCGGAAGUUGAGAACCUCGCCCUCGACAAGAAGCGCAACGAAGCUUCCGUGAAGCUGGUUCCUUACAACUCUCUCCCCUUCGUUGGUCUGGCUUUCAAGCUAGAAGAGAGCAACUUCGGACAGCUGACCUACAUCCGUGUUUACCAGGGUACUCUCCGUAAGGGCGCCAACGUUUUCAAUGCUCGCAACGACAAGAAGGUCAAGGUGCCCCGUAUCGUGCGUAUGCACUCCAAUGAGAUGGAAGAAGUCAACGAAAUCGGUGCAGGUGAAAUUUGCGCCGUGUUCGGUGUUGAUUGUGCCUCCGGUGACACCUUCACUGACGGCCAGCUCGGCUACAGCAUGACCUCCAUGUUUGUCCCCGAGCCCGUCAUUUCUCUCUCCAUCAAGCCCAAGCAAGCCAAGGAUGCUGCCAACUUUUCCAAGGCCAUGGCCCGUUUCCAAAGAGAGGAUCCCACUUUCCGUGUGACUUAUGACAGCGAGAGCGAACAGACCAUCAUUUCUGGAAUGGGUGAGCUUCACCUAGACAUUUACGUUGAGCGUAUGCGUCGUGAGUACCGUGUUGACUGCGAGACUGGUCAACCCCAGGUCGCAUACCGUGAGACCAUUGGCAACCGUGUCGAUUUCGACCACCUGCUCAAGAAGCAGACUGGUGGUGCUGGUGACUACGCCCGUGUUAUGGGAUGGAUGGAGCCCACUGGUGGUCUCGAAGAAAACCACUUCCAGCAGCAGAUUGUUGGAGGUAGUAUUUCCGAGAAGUUCCUGUACGCUUGUGAGAAGGGUUUCAAUCUCUCCUGUGAGAAGGGACCUCUGAUCGGCCACAAGGUGCUUGGUACUCGCAUGGUCAUCAACGACGGUGCCACCCACAUGACUGAUUCCUCUGAAAUGGCCUUCAAGAACGCCACCCAGCAGGCCUUCCGCAAGGCCUUUGCUGACAGUCAGCCCUCUGUUCUGGAGCCGUUGAUGAAGACUGUGGUGACCGCCCCGUCCGAGUUCCAGGGUGAUGUGAUCGCCCUGUUGAACAAGCGCGGUGCCACCAUCAAUGAUACCGAGACUGGUGUUGACGAAUUUACCAUCUACGCCGACUGCAGUUUGAACGGCAUGUUCGGCUUCAGCUCCAAUCUCCGUGCUGCCACCCAGGGUAAGGGUGAAUACACCAUGGAAUUCAGCCACUACGAGAAGGCACCUCCACAAGUGCAGAAGGAGCUCAUUGCCAAGUAUGUCAAGGCUCAGGCCGACCGAAACAAGAAAUAA